AUGAGAAAUGAUUGGACAAGAGAAGAAAUUCAAGCCAUUUAUGAUUCUCCCUUGAUGGAUUUGUUAUAUUAUGGUGCUAAAGUCCACCGUGAGAAUUUUAACGGCAGAGAAGUCCAGCAAUGUACCUUGUUAUCCAUCAAGACAGGUGGAUGUACUGAAGACUGUAAAUAUUGCCCACAAUCUUCUCGUUACAAGACAGGCGUAAAGGCUCAAAAGUUACUCGAUUCUGAUGAGAUCCUCUACGCUGCUCAAAGAGCAAAAGAUGCUGGUAGCACAAGAUUCUGUAUGGGUGCUGCUUGGAGAGAUUUGGCUGGACGUAAAUCAAACUUUAACAAGAUUUUAGAUCAUGUCAAAGUGAUUCGUUCAAUGGGUAUGGAAGUUUGUUGUACAUUAGGUAUGUUGAAUGAGGAACAAGCCAAACAGUUGAAGGAUGCCGGUUUAACCGCGUACAACCAUAACUUGGAUACUUCUCGUGAAUUCUAUCCCAAGAUUAUUACCACACGUACAUACGACGAACGUUUAGAAACGAUCAACAAUGCACAAAAGGCAGGCAUUUCUGUCUGUUCUGGAGGUAUCAUUGGAUUAGGAGAAAGAGAAGAAGAUCGUGUUGGAUUACUACACACUUUAUCUACCUUACCUCAACACCCCGAGAGUGUCCCAGUGAACGCUCUUUUGGCUGUUCCCGGUACUCCCUUAGAAAAGCAAGAACCUGUGUCCGUGUUUGAGAUGGUUCGUAUGAUUGCCACAGCUCGUAUUGUCAUGCCUAAAUCUAUGGUCCGUUUAUCUGCUGGUCGUGUUCGAUUCAGCAUUCCUGAACAAGCCCUUUGUUUCAUGGCUGGUGCAAACUCCAUUUUCACAGGCGAUAAAUUACUCACAACACCCAACAAUGAGAUGAAUGACGACAAAAAGAUGUUUGAAAUCUUGGGUUUGGUUUCUAAACCACCCAACUUUGAACAAGGAUCUGAUAGAAAGGAAAUCCCUGUUUAUCAAAUGCCCAAGUGUUUCAAGCCAAGAAAAGAAGACUCUAGUGAAGCUUAG